CCCGGCGUCGAGUUUGUGGUCGACUCCGAAGGGCAGUAUCAGGCCUCGGUGCGCUGGAUCUCAAGGAGGACAGAAGCCUUAAUGAAACACUUGCAGAGCAACAACAUUAAACUGUUACUGUCGAGCGUGAAGCAAGAGGAAGUAGUUAUCUACUAUGCAAAAUUAUACGGUGUGUCUGUGGUAGAGAGCUUAUCGUCGGAAGAAAUGGCCCUUAUCUGUGAAAUCACAGGAGUCUCGCCUUACGCUCCUUUUGGUGAUAACGUACACAAAGAAAUCACUGAAAUUGCAGUGGCAACGUUCUGCCAGCCCUUGCUGCUCGGCUCAAAGAGAUGCGUUCACAUCGGCUUCACCAGUGUGUGCGCCUUUCAGCCCCAUUGCCUAAUUCUUUGUGGGCCGGUCGAUGGUGUUAAUGAGCAACACGCUGCUGCUUUACAAGGGGCGUUUACAAUGCUGCAGCAGCUAUUUAAAAGAGUUCAUCAGAGAGAGGAAUGCAAAGCAGAAGGUGAAAGCCAGAACAAAACCGCAGAUGUUUGCAGCUGGCAUUCUUCAGCUACUCAGAAGCAACUCGUAACAGAAAAUAUUUCUUGUAACAGUAGUCAGGUUUCUGAAGGACAGCUGAAAACACAAAGGGACGAAACAGAGACACAAAUUGUAGACCCUGACUUGCAGGGAAGUGAAAAUCCAGCAUGUGUGCAAACAAACUUGCAAAUACCCUCAAAUCCCAUCUCAAACAUCAAAGAAUUCAGUGUUGCCAUUGAAGGAGAUGGCUCUUCAAGAGACUUACAGAAACCCAAUGCAAAAUGCGAGCAUCCAGGUGACGUGCAGGAGAGCUAUAAAAGUGAUUUAUUUGUGGACAAUCAAAGCAGUUACAGCACUGCUGUAUCAGCAGCACAUGAUGCUAAUAUAGUCAUUGCGUGUGAACACCUAUGUGUUGGCAAAGAUCUAGAGAAAACAAGUUGCAAUAUAGUCCCAUUUCAACAUGAAAAGAGUUGUGUAAGUGUUGCACAGAAUUAUUCGGACUCCCUCAUAGAAGCAGGAUCAGUUUUGCCAGUAGGAGGUUACUUUGAAGUCCUGUUACAUUAUUACAUUCAGUACUAUGCAAAAGACUUUCAGCAGUCAGAGGUAACUGUCGUAUCUAAUGUAGUUGCCGAUGCUUUGCUAAGUAUUCCCAAGUCCUUAUACAGGACAACAGGACGGAACAGCUUUACCAAAUUCUAUCUCAAAGCCGUAAAUGCACUCAGAAAAAAUCAGCCACUGCCUAUGACCGAGAAGGGCUUAGAAUUGGUGUAUUGCAAAUACCAGUUAGUCAUUUCAGUUCUUCAUUGUGUUAUGGACCUUCUCUCCAUAGAUUUGAUAAUUGGUGUUAAGCGGCCACUGCAGAAAAUUGAGGAUAACAACUUGGAAGAUGACUUCUGA